UGACAGCCGGCAACAAGCCACUAUGCGUGGUUUUUUUUAUUGAAUUUCGAAACAUUGCGAUUUUCUGCCAAAUUCCUAAUUAUCGGUUGAAUUUUUGUCUAAUUAGCAUUAAUAACAAUAGAAUUAGACCUCGCUCAAUAAAGUUAUUAAAAUAUACAGCACUUGGAGGAUUGAAGCAGUUGACGGCUGAAGGUCUAAAUCAAUUUGUUGCCGCCAAUUUGUUUUCAGUAAGAAACACGAUAUGUUCGGUCAGCAAACUCUUGGUGCGACCACCGCCGCACCUUCUACAAAUCGUAUGAAUGAUUUCGAAGUAACAAUGCCACCGGAUGAUUCCGUGUCUGCAUUGGAAUUUAGUCCCAGCACGAUACCACAGAACUUUCUCAUAGCUGGUAGCUGGGAUAGCAGUGUACGUUGUUGGGAGGUGGAGCAGACAGGUAAAACUGUUCCAAAGUCAAUGAAAACAAUGGGAGGACCAGUGUUAGAUGUAUGUUGGUCCGACGACGGCACAAAAGUUUACAUGGCAUCCUGUGACAAACAAGUAAAAAUGUGGGAUUUAGCCUCUGACCAAGUAGUACAGGUGGCUGCACAUGAUGCGCCCGUAAAGACAUGCCACUGGAUAAAAGGUUCGAAUUAUAGUUGUCUAAUGACUGGUUCGUGGGAUAAAACUUUAAAGUUCUGGGAUACUCGUACACCCAACCCGCUAAUGGCAAUAAAUUUGCCAGAACGUUGUUACUGUGCCGAUGUAGAUUAUCCAAUGGCUGUUGUUGGUACUGCUAAUCGGGGUCUAAUUGUUUAUUCACUGGAAAACACACCGACUGAGUUUAAACGACAAGACAGCCCGCUGAAAUAUCAACAUAGAACAAUAUCAAUUUUCAGAGAUAAGAAAAAGGCACCGACAGGAUAUGCGCUUGGUAGUAUUGAAGGUCGUGUUGCAAUCCAGUAUGUAAAUCCAGUGAAUCCAAAAGAUAAUUUCACCUUCAAGUGCCAUCGCACAACUGGUACUGCCGGUUAUCAAGACAUUUAUGCUGUGAAUGAUAUAGCCUUCCAUCCGGUGCAUGGUACUUUGGUCACUGUGGGUUCAGAUGGUACUUUCAGCUUCUGGGAUAAAGAUGCGCGUACAAAACUUAAAUCUUCAGAGACAAUGGAUCAAUCGAUUACCAAGUGUGCCUUCAAUAAUAAUGGGCAAAUAUUCGCUUAUGCGGUUGGCUAUGAUUGGUCGAAGGGCCAUGAGUACUUCAAUCCAGGCAAAAAACCACAAAUCUUCCUCCGUUCUUGUUACGACGAACUCAAACCUCGUAUUGCUUAAAUUGUACACUUUAUCAUAUGUAUAAAUAGGAUCACAACUAAUUUCCCAAUAGAACUAGUAAUUAAAUUUUGAAACCGAUGCAUUUCAGUGAGUAGAAGACAGAAAUCAAAAUAAAACAAAACACAACCUUUAAAUUAUCCUAAA